AUGAAGAAGGCUGGGGCAUUGCAGAUCGAGGUGAGCACCGAGGAGGAAUGGCGACAGCUGUUGAGUCGUCCGGGUCUGACUGUCGUGGAUGUAUAUUCUGACUGGAGCGGUCCGUGCACCGCUAUGGUGAGCACCUUGAGGAAAAUUAAGAUGGAGAUAGGUGGCAACUUGAUAGAUUACGCGAUCGCGCGGAACGAUGACAUUGACGACUUGGCGAGAUUUCGCGGACGAAGCGAGCCCGCUUGGAUGUUUUUGCAAGACGGCAAGAUGGUGAACUUGAUGUUUGGCGCGCAUUGUCCGCGCCUGAAGAAGCUGCUGACGGACGAGAUAAGAAGGAUGAUACAGAUAGACUCGCCAAAGUGGCGGCUGAAUGUCAGCGAGCGGGCCCCUGAAGAGGAAGUUCGAUGGCAAAAGCAGGAAGUCGCUAGACGAGUGCUGGAAGAGCAGAAACGAGCGAGGGAAGAGGCCGAGAGGUGGGAGAAAUACGAGCGAUUCAUGGCGCAAAUGGUGGAUAAACUGUGCGAGGAAACGACACUGGUGCUUUAUCCGUGGGUCUUCAAGGACGAACGCGGCUGGUCGCGGGACAAGAUGCAGAGUCCGCCGUACACCGAGCUCGUGCAGGAUCUCUUCAGGCAGUGCUUCGAUGUGCAGGAGGAGGCACGAAUCCAGCUGAACGAGGACAUGAUCAAGAAGAUGUUUGUCGAGAGCGGCAUCGAUGUCACCAAGGAAUUGAUAGCAGGACUGAUGGAUGGCAAAUGUAUGGCAAUGAGGCUGAAAGGUAAACCGCCGCAUCUAGAUUGGCCGGUGCAUUAUCCUCACGAGUAUCCGGAACGCAGCUCGAAAUGUCCGAUCCGCGCGAUUGACGACGUGGAGAAUUAUCUCAUCAACAUCAUUACGGUAGGGCCGCCGCCUCUCUUGCUAAGUGGAGUCGGCAUCACGAGCAGACCGACUUACGACGCGCCUUACAUCAAGAGGCACGUGUAUGUCCACGAACCGGAUCCGGAAAUCGAAGGUGAUGUGCGUCGCGUGCAUCCCGCAGCAUGGGUACCGCCUCAGGCUAGAAGCAAAGUUCAUGCCUUCAAGACUUUAUUCCCGGCUUACUUGGAAAAGGCUUAUCCUUACGAGGAACCGGUAACUCCUCCGUCAUUGUGCGCUUUCAAGUUUGAGGCGUCGAAGUGCAACAAUGUACGAGACGCUUACGAACUGCAUCGUAACGCAAUCGAAUAUUUCGGCGCCUUCGAGUUUGAUCGACCGCCUUACGCGAGACGCCUCGCAUCCAAACCCUUAGAUUUCGAGAAUAAGGUGAAGCACAAAACAGGGGCCGAGGUAUUCGUAGUGAUAAUUCGGAGGAUCAAUGAAGAAGCCUUUCUAGCUUUUGCCAGUAUCGAACCGUUCUUCGUGUCAGAAGCCGACGAGAAAAGUCAAGAAAUGAUAACGGAAUAUUUUCCGGAAGGAAUCGAAGAUAUGAUAUCAUUCGCACCGGAUGAGCAAGCGGCAUUUUACGAGGAAGAAGAAGAGGAAGAAGAAGAGGAAGAUUAUAAAGAUGAUACUGUUUAACCUUUUUAUGAAUAAUUCUCAUAAGAAAA